UACAUAGUAGCAGGAGCGCCUGCGCAGUCGUCGACAGCAAAGCAAAGCCCAAGACUGGAAAACCCGCUGCCCGAUUCGCGCCUGCGCACUCCCGCCGAGUUCAGGCCGGGCGGUUGCCAUGGAGUCGGAAGGGGCCUACGAGCCAGGCUUCGUGGGGAUCCGGUUCUGCCAGGAAUGCAACAACAUGUUGUACCCCAAAGAAGACAAAGAGAACAGGAUUCUUCUCUAUGCAUGCCGUAACUGUGACUACCAGCAAGAGGCUGACAACAGCUGCAUCUAUGUCAAUAAGAUCACGCAUGAAGUUGAUGAAUUAACCCAGAUCAUUGCUGACGUUUCUCAGGAUCCAACUCUGCCCCGAACAGAGGACCACCCCUGUCAAAAGUGUGGCCACAAGGAAGCCGUGUUUUUCCAGUCUCACAGUGCAAGGGCUGAGGAUGCCAUGCGACUCUACUAUGUCUGCACAGCCCCACACUGUGGUCACCGUUGGACGGAGUGAAGUGUUUGGAGACAUCAAGCCCCUCCAUCAGUUCUGUUUAGCUCUUACCCCCCCCAUUCCUCUCCUUUUUGGAAAUUGCCAGAUGAUUUAACUACUGCCUUUCCAUGUUUGAGUUGGGUUGCCUUUCUGUUUUUGACACUGUUAAUAACAAUGGUUAAUAUUUGUACAAAA